AUGCUAAGACAACAAGUGGGUAGAAAGCUUGUAUCCAAGCGUUUCUUCAGUGGCUUGAAGGAUAGUGACCGUAUCUUCCAAAAUGUGUACAGUAAAUAUGGUGAAGACCUGAAGAGUUCACAGCAACGUGGUGACUGGUACAAGACCAAGGAAAUCAUCCUCAAGGGACACGAAUGGCUUAUCAACGAAUUGAAGGCUUCUGGUCUACGUGGAAGAGGUGGUGCCGGUUUCCCAUCUGGCCUUAAGUAUAGUUUCAUGCCUCCUAACCCAAACAGAGAACCACAAUACCUGGUGGUCAAUGCUGAUGAAGGUGAACCAGGAACAUGUAAAGAUAGAGAAAUCAUUAGAAAGGAGCCCCACAAAUUGGUAGAGGGCUGUCUGCUGGCCGGAAGAGCCAUGAAUGCCACUGCGGCCUAUAUCUAUAUUAGAGGGGAGUUUUACAACGAAGCUGUUGCUUUGCAGACAGCUAUUAACGAGGCUUACAAAGCUGGACUACUGGGAAAGAACGCCUGUGGUUCCGGAUACGACUUCGACGUUUACAUUCACCGUGGUAUGGGUGCUUAUAUUUGUGGUGAAGAAACUGCACUUAUUGAGUCCAUUGAGGGCAAAGCUGGUAAGCCAAGACUGAAGCCUCCUUUCCCCGCAGGUGUUGGUUUGUUCGGUCGUCCAACAACAGUAACAAAUGUUGAAACCGUCGCUGUCACUCCAACAAUCUUUAGAAGAAGUGGAGCAUGGUUUGCUUCAUUUGGUAGAGACAGAAAUCAAGGUACAAAGUUAUUCUGUAUCUCGGGACACGUUAACGAGCCUUGUACCGUCGAGGAGUCAAUGUCUAUUCCUUUGAAGGAACUCUUAGAGAAGCAUUGUGGGGGAAUCAAAGGUGGAUGGGACAAUUUAUUAGGUGUCGUUCCUGGUGGGUCGUCCGUCCCAAUUAUGCCCAAACACGUCUGUGAGGAUGUGUUGAUGGACUUUGAUGCAUUGAAGGAUGUUGGAUCCGGUUUAGGAACGGCUGCUGUCAUCGUCCUUAACAAACAGACUGACAUUAUUAGAGCCAUUCAGAGAUUUUCCGCUUUCUACAAGCAUGAAUCCUGUGGUCAAUGUACCCCUUGCCGUGAGGGUACUACAUACCUCCAAAGAAUGAUGGACCGUUUCGUUACCGGUCAAGCUAAAGAGAAGGAAAUUGACCUCAUUUACGAACUUUCCAAAGAGAUCGAGGGUCACACAAUUUGCGCUCUGGGUGAUGCCGCUGCUUGGCCUGUUCAAGGUCUGAUCAAAUCGUUCCGUCCUGAAAUGGUGGAGAGAAUAAAACAAUACGAGGCUAAAUUAGGGGAGUCCGUAUCUUACGGUGGUUGGACUUCCAAGGGUAAGGUGUUGGAUGGUAAGGUCGUAAGUAACCCUAUUCCACAUGACGCUCAUCACCAUUAA